AUGUCCGGGGCCAGGAUCUUUGACCGUGCCAGGACCCUGCUCCUCGCCGCAUGGAUGGUGUGCUUCGACAAGCUCGACGUCGCCAAGGCCGUCUUACCGGACAACGGUAGGAUGGUCGUGUUCCAGGCCAAGCAGGCACGGCUCUCGCUGCCGCUGGAGCUUCAGAUCGUAGCAACGAACCUCCCACCCCGCGCGCAACCCACCUCCCGCCCCGCGCGCCUCCCACCUCCCGCGCACGCGUCCGCCUCCCACCACCUCCCGCGCGCCCCGGCUGCCGCCGCCACUCCGCUGCCGCGCGCCCCCGGCGACCGCCGCCACACCACCUGCCGCGUCCCCCGGCGACCGCCGCCCCCACCACCUGCUGCGGCCCCCGACGACCGCCGCCCCCCACCACCUGCUGCGCCCCCCCCGGCGACCGCCGCCCCCCACCACUGCCGCACCGCCCGGCGACCGCCGCCCCCACCACCUGUCGCGCCGCCCGGCGACCGCCGCCCCACCACUGCGCAGCGCGCAGGCUUCCGCCGCCCCGUCACUGCGGCGCGCAUGACCUCCACCGCCCCCCACCUGCCACGCGCACGGCCCCCGCCGUCCCCACCAAUCGUCGGAGGCGCCACUGUCGCCCAGGGAGUCUACCUCCCGCCCCUGCUCCCGCCUCCUCCGGCGGCGCCCCAACCAGACCGAGACCCGUCCAGGCACCGCAUCCACCACUCUCCCCUCCAGCCGGAGCCAACGCUGCACGCGGCGGACCUCGCCAACUCCAGGCGCCCACCCACGUCCAGCAAGCCCCAGCCCAGAUCGGGCCCAGUAAGCCCAGAUCUGGCUCGCACUCCAGCCUCCGCUCUCCGCCGCCGGGUGACCCAGACCUUGCCGAGCUCAAGGCGGCGAACCUCUACUCACCGAGGGCUCUCCCUGGCCGAGCUUCUCCUCGCCGCCGCCUCCAGCACCGGCCGCGCCCGACUGCCUCCCGAGGGCGCCUCCUCUCCUCUCCGCCCGAGCUCUCCGCAGCAGGCCUCGCCGGACUCUUCCCUCCCGCCCAGGGACAGCAGCCUCCACUCAUCUCCGAUCGGGCCCGUAGACCCAGAUCAGGCCCGCUCCGACUCCUCCCUCUCCCCACGCCAGCGCCGCCAGGAGAGCUCCGCGCGCACCGAGGACACGGGAGCGACGGCCUCUGCUCGCCAAGGUUCUUCCUUGGCGGAGACUCUCCGCGCCGCCGCCUCCCAGUCAAGGCUCGCGAGCGCCUCCGGCGAAGCUGACGCGCCUCGCCUCCGCCUCCCCUCCGCUGCCUACCUCGCCGGGAGCCGCCUCUCCGCCAUGCGCCACCAACCCUCCAGACCCCCAGCCCCGCGCCGCAAGGCCCACGAAGCCUCGCGCCGCCGGUCGCGCUCGCCCACCACGCCGCCCAUGGAGUCCCACCUCCGCACGUCGGGGCCCGCCGGGGCGCGCCCGCCGCACCUGCCGUCUUCGACGACGAGGCGUGGCCGCCACCGCCGGCCCUGGCGGCGGCAGCGGCCGGAGGAGGAGAUCCGACGGCUACUAGGGUUUGGCGUGGGGGGCGCCUCCGGAGCCGCCCGUGCGUGGCGGCCCGGGAGGAGGAUCUGA